AUGUCAAGUAAUCAAAAAGCUUUUUGUAGAAAAGAACCUCUGUCGACUUCUAUCAUGUAUAAUAAAACAAAUAUCAAUAAUAUUGAAAACAUUGUAGAAAAUAUUAUUGUUAAUGAUGAAAAUGAGUGUAUGUCAACUGAUCAUGGAAAUAUUUGUGAUUAUAUUAAUUCUGAUAUAUUCAGAAUGAUACCUGAUAUAAAAAUAUUUUCUGAUGAAAAUUUUGAUAAUUAUGAUUUUGAAAUUAAUGAUCAUAAUGAUAAAUUUUCUGAAUUAAUGUCGAUUAAUCAACAAACUGAUGAUAUAAUUGAUUCAAAUGAUUCAUAUACAAGAAUAUGUACUUCUCUACAAACAUUAAUCAAUGAUGCUCAAAGUGCUUUACAAAAAAAAACAAAUAAUGAUAAUAAUACUUAUCGUUCUCAUUCUUCUCAAUGUUUGGGUCUACCUUCUCCAAGAUCUCGUUCUUCAAGUAGAAGUUCUAAUGUUAGUAAUUGGUUAAUGAAUCAUUAUUCUCCUGCCACUUCUGCUUGGGAAUGUGGUUGUGGUUAUUGUAUACUUUGUUUAGCUCCUGAUAAUAUUUCUAUAUUAGAGAGUAGACCUAAUUCAACUCGAACUACUCCAAUAACUUCUCGACGUAAUUCUAUAGUUUCUCGUCAAAAAUAUUCUGGAAAUUCGGGAAAUCCUGGAAUACCUGAUAUACCUGAAGAAAAUUUUAUCAAUAGAAAGCAACGUCAAUUAUCAAUACUUAAACGUCUCUACAGAUAUCAACUUGAACAUAAAAAUGUGAUUCAAAAAAUUACAAUUUAUUUAAAUGAUGAUGAUUCUACUCCAUUUCCUUCUUCUUUUGGUCAAAAUAUUUUUUGUAAUGUUAACACUGUGAAUUUUGUUAAUAACACUACAAAAACGAACAAUAAUAGAACUUUUUAUAGUAAUACUUAUAAUAAUGAUAAUAGUAAUAAUAAUUUUAAUACGACGAACUAUUAUAAUGAUACUACGAAUAAUUAUUAUUCUUCUAUUAUUGAGAAGGAUAAUAAAGAAUUUAAUGUAUCAAAAAAUUUUAAUUCGAAUCGAAAUUUUAAAUCAAUUACAAAACGUUUUAUGAAUUUAUUAGCUAUAACUGGUAUUUUGUUUGGAAUUUUACAAAAUAGUCUCCUUUCUUCCAGAAGAUGUGGAAAUCUUUAUUAUAAAAGAAAUUUAUUAGGAGGUCCGAUAUUAUUAAAAAUUCUCUCUCAAACUUUAUACGCAAAAAGGAAUAGUAGUGUAAGAAGUAAAAGGGAUAUGUUGGCUAUGAUUAAGGUUAUAAAAUAUGUUACUGUAUUGUUCGUUGGAUGGUCUGUUGGACGAAUGGGGUCAUGA